UUUCUUCCCUGCAGCGACUGUGUCAUGCAGCAAGGAUAGACAGGCUUCCGGCAGGAGGCGAAUAUUAAGGGGUAAUGGGUUUCUCCAGUGUUGCUCAAGUCCUAUAAUCAGCUCUUCUCUGAGGGGGCGUGGCUAGGCCCUGAAGGGGGCGUGGCUGGGCUCUUGGGCGGGAAGGUGCCAGCUUAAAGCCAGGCUGCAGAGGUCCGCGCUGCUUACUGCGCCAGGCAUGGAGGAGGAGUACGCUUGCCUCUGCGGCCGGGGCCCUUCACGAGGAUGCCAGUGUCGCCAGCAGCGCCUGGGACCAGCUGCGAUGGUGGCGGCCGACAGUAAGCCGGCCCCAGCCCCUGAAGGGCAGCACGUGGAGGCGGACAUGGCGGCUCGGUCCUCUGCUGGGAGUGGAGCGAUCAGGAGCCCCAUGCCACCCCGGCCGCCCCCACGCUGCUCGCUGCAGCACCUGCCUCCCGAGCUGCUGGUGGAGAUCUUCGCCUCGCUCCCCGGCACCGACCUGCCCAGCCUGGCCCAGGCCUGCACCAGAUUCCGCAGCAUCCUGCACACCGACAGCAUCUGGAGACGGCGCUGCCAGGAGGAGUACGGCGCCGUUGAAAACUUGAGGAGCCCGGGGACGAUGGCUGUGUCUUGUCGAGAACUCUAUGCCAACUUGCUCCACCCAUGCAGGCACAUUUUGGGAUUGUGGCAGCCAGAUAACUGGCCCUAUGGAGGACUGCUGUAUGUAGUGGUGGAGGGCCCAUGCAUUGUUGGUCGCACGUACCUGCCUCUCCAUGACCCCCGCGUGGAUGACUCCUUGCAGUUCAAGCCCGCGUUUAGAAUUCACCUGGCAGAGGGGAAAUCGCCCACAGUGCAGUGCACGUACGGCCGCCGAGGGCCCCACAGCUGCCACGUGCAGAUUCGGGAGGACGGGCUCUCCACCCAGUGCAACCUGACGCACCACCACAGGAUGCCUGGUGGGAGCCGAGAGGAUUUACGCGCGUGGCUGCGGGAAGAAUGGGGGCAGACGCUCGAGCACAUUUUCCAGGAGGACAGGCUGCGGUUCGUCCUGAUGAAGCUCAUCGACCAUCAGUAUGACGACUGCCGGAACUACCGCCGCAUCUACCUCUCCCCGAGCCACCCGGAGGACCUCAUCAGGCCAGGCCUCUUCAAAGGCACCUACAAUGCCUACAACAGCCUAGAGGUUGUCAUGCUCAGCUUCCAUGGGAAGCAUGCCAGGGCCACGAAGAUCACGGGUGACCACCACGUCCCUGCUGGGCAGCAGAUGAUAGACAUCCACCUCAGCCGCCGCAUCCACCUGCCGGAUGAUAUCUUCAGCAAUUUCAACAAGUACUCCCGUCUGGUCCAGGAGGUUCACAAGCAGGUGAUCCAGGAGCAGCAGCAGCAGCAGCAAGAAGACAGCACUGAGGACGGCGAGGGCCAUGGCCGGCUGAGCCCUGCGCAGCCCAAUGUCGGGGAGUCCGGGGCUGCAGCUUUGGAGGAGCAGCCUGUCCAGUUUGUCCUACCUGCAGGCGUGAGCUCCAGGGACCAGAACUACCCCCGAGCCUGCAGGAUGUGUUUCUACGGCGUGGGCAUUGUUGCUCGCUCUGGCUCCGCCUACCCCCAGCGCAUCCCUGGAGCCUUCAUCCUGUUCGAUGAAGACCACUUCGGGUUCAUGUGGCAGGAACCCAAUUGCCUCAGCCUGUACAGCAGAGUCCAGGUCACCUUCCAGAAUGCGGAGGCGCCAUCCCCGCAGGCUUUCCAGGACAUGCUGGAGAACAUUCAGUCCCCACCGCCUGACGGCCCCUUCCUUGCCCAGGGGCAACAGCGGGGAGAAGAGGCUUCAGAGGAAGAGCAGCUUCGUGCGCUUUUGGAGGUUUGA